AUGCCCAGAGGGGGAACCAGGUUCCCAAUACUAGGGGAGAGGCGAGAGCAGGUACUGUGGAAGUCGGCGGGGGUAUUUGCUCGCGACACCGAGUGUGGGCCGGAAGUGGAGGAGUCUAGAGUGGCUCCGCUGGACCUCCAGGCUAGACUGAGGCACUGCGACAGCCCCUUGGCUGGAAGAGGACGAUGAGGAGCAACGGAAGCGGCAAGGGGGGACGCUGCUACGCGGCGCCGGGUUGCGUGGCCGCAGUAGACUGCGCAGUUUGCGAGCAGGUCUAAUUGUGCAGCUGGCAUGGUUUCUUAACUUCCCAGUGCUUAGCAGAAAAGAAGAUAUUUUCAGGCAGGAAGGCUGAAUAUUUAGUUCUUAACGAACACGAUGAGAUACUCAUUCUUCACUUCUGGUGUAGCUGUUAGCAGUGACAGGACACUUACAGAGAGCUGCCAUGGAAAAGUCCUGGAUGCUGUGGAACUUUGUUGAAAGAUGGCUAAUAGCCUUGGCCUCGUGGUCUUGGGCUCUCUGUCGUAUUUCUCUUUUACCUUUAAUAGUGACUUUUCAUCUGUAUGGAGGCAUUAUCUUACUUUUGUUGAUAUUCAUAUCAAUAGCAGGUAUUCUAUAUAAAUUCCAGGAUGUAUUGCUUUAUUUUCCAGAACAGCCAUCUUCCUCACGCCUUUAUGUCCCCAUGCCAACUGGCAUUCCACAUGAAAAUGUUUUCAUCAGAACCAAAGAUGGAGUACGUCUAAAUCUUAUUUUGAUAAGAUACACUGGAGACAAUUCACCCUAUUCUCCAACCAUAAUUUAUUUUCAUGGGAAUGCAGGCAACAUAGGUCACAGGUUACCAAAUGCAUUGCUUAUGUUGGUUAACCUCAAAGUUAAUCUUUUGCUUGUUGAUUACCGAGGAUAUGGAAAAAGCGAAGGAGAAGCAAGUGAAGAAGGACUCUACUUAGACUCUGAAGCUGUGCUAGACUAUGUGAUGACUAGACCUGACCUUGACAAAACAAAAAUUUUUCUUUUUGGUCGUUCCUUGGGAGGAGCAGUGGCUAUUCAUUUGGCUUCUGAAAAUUCACAUAGGAUUUCAGCUAUUAUGGUGGAGAACACAUUUUUAAGCAUACCACAUAUGGCCAGCACUUUAUUUUCAUUCUUUCCAAUGCGUUACCUUCCUUUAUGGUGCUACAAAAAUAAAUUUUUGUCCUACAGAAAAAUAUCUCAGUGCAGAAUGCCUUCUCUUUUCAUUUCUGGACUCUCUGAUCAAUUAAUUCCACCAGUAAUGAUGAAGCAACUUUAUGAACUCUCCCCAUCUCGGACUAAGAGGUUAGCCAUUUUUCCUGAUGGAACUCAUAAUGAUACAUGGCAAUGCCAGGGUUACUUCACUAGCCUUGAACAGUUCAUCAAAGAAGUAAUAAAGAGUCAUUCUCCUGAAGAAAUGGCAAAAACUUCAUCUAAUGUGACAAUUAUAUAAUGUUUUUCUUUUUGAUUAAUGCACUAUAUUUUAAUUUGUGCAGAAUGAUAAAAAAUGUUCCUUUCCAGAAGUGUGUUAUGUCUGUACUUGUCUGAAGAGUGACAUUAAACUUUGAAAGGACUUCAGUGCUCUGUUAAGAUGAUCCAAGUAGUUUUUUACAUUUGAAAAACUAUAACUGUUGGGAUUAUUUCAUACAUUUUCAUCAAACCUUUCAAUGUGGUUAUGUGUCCAUAUCUUUAGUUUAAUAUGCCAGUAUAAUAUAUUCAGAAGUUUCUUGUUGCUAAAGUGAUAUACUUUAUGUGAUGCUUAAGAUUAAUGGCUGGAUGUAGAAGGCAAGAUGUAAACGAGAAACAUUUGGAUGUUAUUCCUUUAGUAAAUACUGGGACAAUCAUGGUACGCAAACUUAGUUCUGUAACUGCAUUUUUCACCUUAAAAUAAAAUGCAUGAUAUUUUAUUUCUUGAAUUAUGCAAUGCAAUGUUUUAAAUGUAAAUAGCACUGGGCAUAUACUGAUGUAUAUGGUAACCUGGGUUAUAUCUAUUUUUAUGUAAAUUAUUUUGGUUUGGGCAAGAAGUGGAAUGGAGGCCUGUGUGCAGGUUGCUAUUGAAUUUUGUUCUGGCAAAUGCUGAGAUCCGGCUUUUUCUUACAAAUAAAUGGGACCCCACUUUCCAAUAUAAAUGUACUGUGUUUUGUUAGGUACAGUCUGGAUCAUAGCAUGUUAAAAUAGAAAUUUAGAUUUUACUGCAGCUUUGUUGUGCAUAGUUGAACUUUUUAACAUUUGUAAUUUUGGUAGCAGAGAGAAAUUUAGCUUCUAUAAGUUUCAUAAGUCUACAGGUAAACCAUUAAUGGCAGUCACAGUGAAGAUUAUAAAUUAGGAAGCCUUAUUACAUACUUGUGCAUACUGUUUUACAGAAAUCCCCACAUUUAAUUUUUAAGUCCCAGUAUUUAGAUACAACUAAUCCACUAAAACCAAGAUAUCAUUUAUGGAACUUUCUGAAAAGUUGCAAAAAUAAAAGAAAAAAAAAACUAUGUUCUUUGGUUUAAUGUUGUGGUUAUAAAAUAGAACUGCAACAAAGGACAAUUUUAAGAAGUCUUACUAUUUUCUACAUGUAUGAAUGUGGGGAUAAAGGAACUCUAGAGCUUUUUAUCACAAAACCUAGUAACAUUUAACUAUUCAAUGGUUGUUAGUAGUAUUCAGACACAUAGAAAAGUAAGAAAAAUCUUACUUUAAGAAACCCUUAAAAUGGCAGGAUUUACCUAAAAAUAUAUGUGUAAACUAUGGGGCAUAAUUGUGCUAAGUUGUUUGAAGCAGUCCUGAAAAUUAUACGUAAUUGAGCUCUAUACAUUGUUAUAUCUACAUAAUAUUUCAACUGUGUUAAUUGGCUUUGUACAAGCAACUAGAACAGAGAAAUAAUGGGUCAGUAAUUCUGACCUUAAUUUAAAAGUCCAUGGAGAUAGGACUAGAAAUACUUUUGCCAAAUAACAUUCUUCUCAUUCACUUUAUGUCAGUAUUUAGGAAGCAGUAAGUUAUAGCAAAUAUAAUUUCUAAAGGAUAAUGCUUUUUCUAUAAAUUAUUGUUUUAAAAAGUCAUGCUUUAAAAAACAAAUUGGUAAUGCGUGUCACGGAAGGUGUAUUUUUAUGUAUAAUUUCACCACAAUUAAAAGCUACUUUUCAUCUUGUCAAUCAUUGCUAUGUAGAAUGACUGUCCUAAAUAGUAAUAAAAGGGAAAAAAUGUUAAUACAACAAAACAUAGUGUUAGACAUGAACUUUACAUGGUAUACCUUAGACUUGUAUCAUUCUUUAAGGAUUACAGAAUACCUUUCUGUAUUUUCAUGUUAUCAUUUACUCUAUUAUACUAUGGAGGAAUUUAUCAAAUAGUUGUAAAUAUGCUGAUGAAGUAUAAAAGCUUUUUCUUCAUCAGUGUUUUGUUAUGCAGCUUUU